UGGUUAUUAUAUUUACAAUACCUUUUAUAUUACACCAUGACUAUAUAAAUAAUUUGCUUUAUGUUGAACAAAAGAAUAAUUAUAUAUGUAAUCAAUGUUGCAUGACGAUUACCAAUAAGACAACAUAAUAUAUUUUAGGGUUGGUUUGUCAUAAACUUUUAGAUUUCAGCGAAGAAAGUUCAACAGCUUUUAACGUCAGCACAUUUUUUUAAAAAAGAUAAAUAUAUAUUUAUAUACAAAUAUUUAUAUAUAAAAUCUGUUUCACGGCCGAACAGCAUUUAACGUUGAAAGAAUAUCAGGACAGGACAUAUAAUUACAUAUAUAUAGAAAGAAAUCUGUUACACUGAUAUUAUAGUCAUGGCAACAGCAGUACCUCCAACAGGAUCUUCUCACCACGCAUUGAUCACUAACAAUGAAUAUCAAAUUAAAUUGGUCACACUUCUCAAUGAAUGUUGUGACCACUUACGUGAAAUUUUACAUGAUCAUGCCCGUGGCAACAUGCCAAGGGAUAAGAAACAUUUAUAUUUGUCAUUGAAAAAAUAUAAGAAACAUUUAAACCAUCUGAAAAGAGAUCAGCUGGAAAUCGUUUUUCCGCAAGAUAAGGAAACAGAUUCGGAAUUGUUUGACAUCACUAUUUUAUGUGACGUUCUAAUUAAUUGUUGUCACGGUAUACAAGCACCAAUUGGUGGAUGGAGGACCAGAACACCGCAACCAAAUGAUUUCAGUGUCGGUGCUGACAUCAUUCGAAUCAGAAAUGAGCGCAAUAAUGUUAUGCAUGGAAGAGCAAUGAGUUCAGCACAAUAUAAUCAGCUAUGGAAUGCCAUAGAAGGUAUAUUAAGAAGACUCGGAUACGACAUAACGAAAAUUAAAGAUUUGAAAUCUGGUUGCUUGAAUGACUUAGACUUAUUUAAAAUCGAAGUUAUAAAAGCAAAGAUUGAAAUUCAAUAUUUUAAUCAAAAAGACAACCAAGAAAAUAUAAAACAAAAUCAAGAUGACAUCAAAGCAAAUAAAGACAAUAUUCUGCAAAACGAAGAUGGUAUUAAACAAAAUCAAGAUGACAUCAAAGCAAAUAAAGACAAUAUUCAGCAAAACAAAGGUGGUAUUAAAGAGAAUAAAGAGAAUUAUAAUCGAUUAGCAGCCGAAGUGGAAAUAGUAAAGCAAACUAUUUCUUCAUCAUCAUGUGAUCAGAAGAGUUCUCAGUUGGAAGAAACUAUAAAAGAACAACCCAGUUAUAUACUAUUAAAAAAUUUCCGAGGAGAUUUUCUAAUACAAUUUGAAGAUGGCUGCUCCCACUGGUCUAGGAAAAGUGUACAAGUCAUCAUUACUGAAAAUUUUGCGAUAGAAUCAAAAGAACUUCAUGUCGACAACGAUUACAUUGUGGAAGAAGAAGAAGGGACACUAAUCCUGAUUAUUUACAAUCACAUUGCCAAAUCGAUUAAUGGGUUAUCAGUUACGUUAGUUGACAGUGAAAGUAAAACUCAUUUGAUUCCAAUUGAAGAUAUUGCACUGGUCCGAGCACAUAAGUGUACAACCAGCUAUUUUGAUGUUAGAACCCACAACAGUGGAAGAAUAUCUGAACAGAUAAAAUGCAUUGUAGGAGCAGAAAGAGAAGAAACAAAUAUUGAAUUUAUAUGUGGUGGUAGCCUGCAAACAAUGAAACCUAAGGAGUACGAAGCAUUUGAAAGAGAUUACAUCCAGCGUUAUUUCACCGUCAAUGGUAAAUGCAUGGAAGAACCACUCCAAAUUCCACCCCCAAUGCCAAAAGUCACACAUUCCUUAUUCGCACAAAAGAUAAAGGAUGUUAUAAUCGAAUUACAACCUCGGUUGUUUACAAUAUUUACUCAUUAUAACACGAAGGAACAUAUUCGAUUUCUAAAACUGGAUAAAGAAUUUUCUUUGAGUUUGGAAAGCACAAUUACUGAUAACAAAAGAAUUCUACUUGUGUUGCCAAAUUAUAUCGUCAACAUUAGAUACACAGAAACAACCGACGCAGUAAGACUACAAGAUGAAGUCAAAGCGGGCGAAGAAGACUUGAAGGAGCUAUCUAUCAUCACUAAAAAAUAUCUUAAAAAUGGUCACCUGACAAUGGUUAAUGUUGUAGCUGCACCACAUUUCGAAGAUAUCGAAAAUAUCCACCUUUGUGUAGACUGCAACUUACUCUCCAAAAAAACUUUGGCUGAGGAUAGAAAUAUGACGAAGUUCUUUUCAAAUAUUUUGCAAAGCUCACAAGUACAAAAUAAUGUUCAGGACAACAAGGAACGGUAUAUCAACAUAGUUGGUAAAGUCAUGUGUUUUAUGGCUACAAGAAAAGCACUAUUUUCUGUUCCUUCACUCAGUAAAAACGUCCACGAACAAAUAAGCUCGUUAAUACUUUCUCCACAGCAACUCCGUCAUUUAUACAACAACUCUUUAAAAAAAAUUAUAAUCGGUCCUCUAGGCAGUGGUAAGACAGUGCUAGCUUUAGCACAUUUGGAAAUAGCUUACGAGCGCUCUGAGAAUAGAUCGGUCAUAUACUACGUUAUUUGGGACGGCAACACAUUGCUUAAACGGGAUAUUGCCAAUCAUACUAAAAGAUUUAAUUACAAAGCCGCUGUCGAAGUUGUUGUAAAGGAUAAUGUCGAGUUAGCUAAGGAUUUGAAAAUGAAUGAAGUGCCAACACCAUACCAGUUAUUAGAGUCAUUGGUUAAGAAACAUGUUGACCAAAACCUGCAUCUAAUAAUUGAUGAAUUAAAUGGAGAGUUAUUUAACAAGGAAGAAUCAUCUUUGCUUAAACACUAUCUGGAAACUGAAGACAAAUUAAAUAACUCUUUCAUCAUUUUUUUCCCACAUUCCAUUGAGAAACAUAGAACAUUAAUUUCACACCAAAGAGUCACAAUACAUGACAAGUACAAGUAUGAAGAAACAGGAAUGACAGUUUUAAAAUUGAACAGAGCAAUGAGAACAACCCGGAUAAUCUUUCAGUUUUUAAAGGCUUUUGAAAAUGAAGUAGAACAAGACAAGGUAACAAUGAAGCUUCCCGAUCAGCAAUCAAAAGAAGGAAUGUCCACCAAACAACCACAACAGCAGCGAGAGCCACAACGGCGACAACAACAACAACAGCAGCAGCGGCAGCAGCAACCACCACCACCACCGCAACAACAAGGACAAACUACCAGUAGCAAUGUCACGCCGAUAAUAAAAGGAGAAGAAGAAAGUUUUGAAACACCGGUUGAUAUUGAUGUCGUUGCAGCUUCCAUACCAGAUGAGGAUCUUUCGGGUAAUGUUAGAAUUGACACUUCAUUAAAAUUUAAUACAGCGUAUUCAAUCGGUCAUAAUAUCGAAGGAACAAAACCGUUAUUGAUACAUCCGGCAAAAACUCCAACAACAGACAAAGAGUUUAUACCAAUGUUAGCACUUGUUUUACAAGAUGUAUGUUUACAUCAUGCCACUAACCGUUUGUUCAUAUAUAACAAAUUCCCUCAAAAGGAUAUUUUUUACAGAUUACUGAAACUGUUAAAAAUUGAUUUUCUUCGCUACGACAAGUACACUGACUGGAAAGUCUUAAAUUGUGAUGAUAUCACAGUUAAAAAUCCCUUACAGAGUCAAACUUAUAACCUGCUCACUACUAUUGAGGGAAGUCGUGGAGUUGAAGCAGCCGAAUGCAUCUGUAUAAUUGAAAGCAAUGAUUGCAAGUUAAAACAUUUGACGUUAGAAGCAAUGUCCAGAGCAACACAAAAUCUGGUCCUUGUUUCAACGUCCAACGUUUACCAAUCAGAUACAGUAAAAUCAUCAACUGGUCAUAUCAUCAGUAAACUGUUAGCUGAACAUUUGGUUGAAUACAAUGUAGAAGUCUCAAACGAUGAAGAUACAGAAAUACCGUUCACAAAGUCCAUGGAAAGUAACAAUAAAAUAGUUUUUAACAUAAAACCACAAUAUUGGAAAUUCAAAGAAAUGAUAAAAGAUUUGGAACAUGUUGGUUUUUAUGCAACGGCUGAACGCCUAAAUGCGCACGAGAUCGUUAGGAAAAACCUUUAUCCUCCUGGAAAAGUGAGCAAUAUAAUUUGCUCAUAUUUGUCAAGUACAUCAUGUAUAUUGAGAUGGCAACAGCACGCUAAUAAAUACACCGUUAGUAGACAAGAAAGUAAAAGUUUAACCUGGAAUAACUUAGCAACUGACAUUUCUUGCAAUCAAUACAUCGUUGAUGACAUGGAAAUUGGUGAAACGUGCAAGUUUUGUGUUGUUGCUAAAAAUCAUCUUGGUGUAUCUGAUGACAGCAUUGUGUCUUAUCGUCACGAACGUCCAAACGUCAUGGGUUUCCAAUUUGAAGAUAUCGAGGAUAUUAUUAGAUCUAACUAUAUCGAGAAGCUGAAAAAAUUGCUAUCCAUUUAUCCAAACAUCGUUCACAUGAGAGAUGUAGUUGGACGCACACCAUUGUUGUGGACAGUAUGUUGCACCAACAAUACAUCAAUGGUGGAAAUACUCAUCUCGCAUGGCGGUGAUGUUUGGGCGGAAGAUAGUGGGAAACAAAACAGUUAUCAUUUGGCUGCAUUUUUGGGUCGUCACUCAAUAUUAGAUAUGUUAUGUCGACAUGAUGUAACAAACAUCAACCGUGUAGAUGUUCUCAACUACACACCAUUACAUUGGGCUGCAAUGUAUGGUAACAUCUCAUGUGUUGAUGUUUUGUUACGUCAUAAAAAUAUUGAUCUGACGAUCGAAGAUAAAAAGGGAAACACAGCUUAUGAUUGUGUUGGAGGAUGGACGAAUGAACAAAACCGGGAAAUAAUAAGACGAAAAAUAAAAGAAUACGAAGACAGGACGAAGUAAAUAUUUCAAAUGAUUUUGUUUUGAAAAACAACAAUCAGUUUGUAAGAUGAGGAACGAGUCCAUUUUUUAGUUUUAUUUUAUAUUGUAAUAAAUUUAUUUGUAGUAAAACGUACUGAAACAUUUUUCUGUUCGAUUUUUAUCAAGCCUUGUUUCGUUUAUAUUUCAUUCAGGAAGCGACACAUGUCCAAGGUCACGUGUUUUUUUAACUGUCUGAAACUUGCCGCAUGGUGCAAUGUAGAGUGAAUCUUAUUUAUUACAAACAUCAACUGAUAUACUUUCUUAACCUCGUCCCCAAGUCUUGUUAGACCUUUUAUAUUUUGAAGGCCUGAACAAAGCCCUGGCCCUGGCUGGUCACGUGACGACAGAAUACCCACGUAUAGUGGGUAUUUUGAAAAUAAUUAUAGCUCUUCCAAAAUAUACACAAGCAGUCGAGAAAAAAAUAAAAGAACUGACACAAUUAUUUAGAAUGGUUAAAAUAAUAUUAAUAAGAAAAAAAUUUUAGAUAUUUUUAUAUAAAUAUUUUUAUAUAAAUAUUUUUAUAUUGUAAAAAAUAUUUUUAUUUAUUUAUAAUAAUAUUAUUUAAUGUAUAAAAGAACUGUUAUUAAAUAUUGUAUAAUAUAUUAAACAUUCACACUUG